GUGGUGCUUGAAUUUCAAACCGGAGAGGUGAGUUUCCAUUCGCGUCUUUUCUUUUCUCUUUUCUUCCUCCCUCCAAAACACGCCAUGCUACGUUCAAUACGAGGGAAAACAUCGCUUUGCUCCUUACGAUUCCAAUCGCACUGCGGCACCCCGUCAACGCGACUCAAUGGUGUGCGUUCACCGUCGUCGUCGGCCAUGUCAACCUUGCGACGUGAUAAUAAGAACAGUACCACCACAAUUAGCGGUCAAGUUAUUAUGCGACAAGGUAGUAGUAGUAGUAGUCGUCGUCUUCCUUGGCUACCCGUCGUGGUGGGCGCUGCUGCCACCAUUGCAGCAGGUGCUUUGCUUACGUCUCAUUUCAAUACAACGAUCCAUGCCCUUGAACCGACUGUAACGGGCGAUCAGAUCUGUCAGGCAAUUGUACAGAAUGACUUUAAACGUUUAAGAAAGUUGGCAGAAGAUCCGAACUUCAGUCCCAACGUGUACCACCAUUACGGAUGGACACCUUUGCAAGUUGCUGUGAUCCAAGAUAAUGAAGCUAUGGUGAAGUUCUUGUUGGAAAAAGGGGCAGAUCCCAACUUAGAAGAUCAUUAUUAUCCACGGUCGCACCAAGCUGCCAACGUGCGCCAGAUCGAUUUCUCCGAAGAUCUAUUACCCUACCGCGAUUAUCGCGAAUACACAGCUCUGCAUUAUGCCGUCAUCAUCUGCAAUCCGAACGUGGUCAAGAUACUUUUAGAUCACAUGGCCGAUCCACUUGUGCGCAACUCGCACGGCUUGACACCACGCGAAUACCUGUAUUAUGUCGAACGGUUCACGGGCGAGCAGAAUAUAGAGAUUGAAGGCUUGCUUCGUGCCAAGGAAACGUCGUUCUCUGCAGACAAGGCUGCACAUGAUGAGCGACAGCGGAAGGCUCAAUUGCAGCGGGAAAAGGAGUAUCGCAAGAAACAUCCGUUGGAAGAUGCGCUCAAGGCCCGUAUUGUUGGCCAGUUGGGUCCGAUUCAUGCAUUGGCUAGCGCUAUUCGUCGGAAACAGAAUGGGUGGCAUGAUGAAGAUCAUCCUCUGGUGUUUCUGUUUUGUGGAUCCUCCGGUGUAGGCAAAACGGAGUUGGCUAAAGCACUUGCUGGAUACUUGCAUGGCAAGAGCUUGGAUAAGGGAUUUAUCCGGAUCGAUAUGAGUGAGUUUCAACACAAGCAUGAUGUAUCCCGAUUCAUCGGCUCACCGCCUGGCUAUGUCGGCUAUGACGAAGGCGGUCAAUUGACUGAGAAACUCAAAGAGUGUCCAAAUGCAGUUGUUUUGCUUGAUGAAGUCGAAAAGGCACAUCCCGACGUGCUGACGAUCAUGCUUCAAUUGUUUGAUGAAGGCCGUAUCACUGACGGAAAAGGCACUACGGUUGAGUGUCGUGAUGCCAUUUUCAUCAUGACAUCCAAUCUUGCACAACAUGAGAUUGCCGAUGAAGCCGAGUUAUUGCGUCUAGAAGCAUCGGUUUCGAGCGACGCACAGACCGUUGGCACUGCCACCACGGGUAUAGUGGGUAGCUCAGCAACUACCAAGAGUAACACCAAGUACAGUGCUCAAGAACAAGACCAGGGUGAUGGCAAUGUGGAUGAUGAGAAUCAAGCAUUGGUAGACGACGGACAGAUUUCAUUGUCACGCAAGUUUAUCGAAAUGACCAUCUACCCGAUCCUGUACAACCAUUUCCGACGUGACGAGUUCCUCGGCCGUAUCAAUGAAGUGCUGUUCUUUUUACCGUUCAGCGAAGAAGAACUGCGUGAUAUCACGUCUCGUGAGCUGAGACGUUGGGCUGACAAGGCACGGACAAGACAUGGGAUUACAAUGACCUGGGACGCCGAUGUAGUGGAUGUGUUGGCGGAUGGAUAUAAUAUUCGCUAUGGCGCACGUAGCAUCAAGUAUGAGGUCGAACGUAAAGUUGUGAAUUUGAUUGCCAAGGCCAAUGAGAAUGACGAUGUGAUGGAUGGUGGACGUGUGCAUGUUGUGGUGGACAAGGCUGCCGGCAAGAAGCGUCGUCUGUGUAAGCUGGAUAUUACAGAACGUGGUGGUGAUGACAACAAGCCAUCUGGUGGCAGCAGUGGCGGUGGUGUUGGUGGUUGGUUCAGCAGCAAAAAGUAAAAACUACACUCCCCUAUUUUCUUUUACU